CUCACAAGCUAGGUCUUCACAAGCAGGGAGAAGAAAAAGCAUUUGCCAUUUCCCGUGAAUACCGUCUUCACCCUCUUCAUCUCCAGCUCCAAUAGCAACUCUUCAGAGCGCUGCUUGUUGUUUGUCCAAGAUCUACUUCUGUUUCCAGGUUCCGCCUGCUUGCUACUGGCUACUGCAUAUUGCUACCUUACAGCUCCUCUCCGCUUCCAGACCUUCCACCAUGAGUGCCGCUACUCUCAGCCAUAAUCCAACCCCAAAAGUCGACAACAUGGACGGCAUUGCUCCAAUGAAGCGUCGCAUGACACUGCCGACCGAGCCCAAACGCCAGGAUCCGAUUUACAUCCCAGCUGAGAAGCCAGCUUCGGAUCCAGCACAUGGAGCAGCUUUCAUUCUUGUUCAUGGACUGGGCGACAAUGCCGAAGGGCUACAAGCUGUUCCUCAGCAAUUCCAAUCCGCCCACAAACUUCCUUACAUGCACUGGAUCAUUCCAAAUGCCAUGGAAUCUCGCGAAGCGAUGACAACAGCCUGGUACACACCUUCCUCAUUCUCCGCUUUCCCCCCAGAUCGUCCAGAACUCGCACCCGAAGAAGACGCAGACGGGAUGCUCGCGACAGUCAAGUACAUCGAAUCACUCAUCGAUGCGUGCACGAAGAAGGGCAUUCCACCAAACCGAAUCGUAUUAGGCGGUUUCUCCCAAGGCUGUGCAAUGGCACUUUUGACAGACCUGACAAGUGAAAAGUACGCUGGGAAACUUGGUGGAAUUGUCGGGCUGAUGGGCUACCUUCCUCUUAGCGCGGGGAGAAAACUUGAGGAUAUGAGAGCUGUGGCAGGUCUACCGCCUGUACAUGGUCAAGUCCCCAUUCUACUGGCGAGAGGAAAGAAAGAUCAGAUGAUCCCGGGGAGAAUUUGGAAAGAUACCCUGAAGAGGCUGGAAGAGCUAGGUGUGGAGAGUGAUCUCGAAGUGCAUGAGUAUGAGGGCCUCGGCCACAGCUUGAGCGGGCCUGUGUUGAGGGAUAUUUGCACGUUCGUAGAAAGGUAUGUGCCUGCUCUGGAGGACUGAGAUGAACAGUCUGGAAAAAGAAAGUUAGGUCGGCAAAUGGGAUUUUUGGUUAGCGUAGCGUUUUGCGCAAAGGAAUAGUUCAGGGCAUUGAAUCAAUCGUCUUUCCUCGGA